AUGGCGGGAAUUGGUGAGUGUGACGACGGUCGUGGCCUGGGCUCCGGAGCUCGACGCAGGGUGAGGGGAAAGGCCGAGGUGGUGGAAACGUCCCGGCCGUCUGUCCUGAACGACCCGACGCCCAAGCCACGCCGGAAGCUCAUCCAGGCGCCGAGGUUCAACUUGUCUGCUGAGGACGAGGACGACGAUGACCUGAGCGACAUCCCGCCCUCGAGCCCGCGUCUGGGUCACACGCCCCUCCUGCAGACCACCUCCCCCAGGAGCCCCUCGCCCCACAACUCCGCCUCACCGCCCACCUCACCAUGGUCGCGCAUGGCGUUCGACCUGGCCAAGUACGGCAGCACGGGCACCCCCGAGCGACGCCACUCCAUCACCCUGUGCGAGACGCCCUCCCAGGCACGCCCCUCCUCCAACUCCAUCACCCCGCCCUCGUCCAUGCCCCAGUCCGCCAACUCCUCGGCGCCCAUGUCCCCCGCCCACCAGGACUUCAUCCCCUCCACCUCGCAGACGCAGAGGGACUUCCUGUCGUCGGCACACUUCUCGUCACGUCUGGACUGCCUGGCCCUCACCCUGGAGGAGGUGGUCCACAUCCGCAAUGUCCUGACAAAGGCCGACCUGGAAGCCCUGCCCCUUGACUUGUCCAUCAAGGAGGACAUGGCUAAGGGCAAGAUCUGCUUCCUGUGCAUGAAGACUCGCUUUGGCUUCUUCGGCCCGAGAGGACAGGAUUGCAGACUUUGCAAGAGAACGGUGUGCAAGAAGUGUGUUACUAAGAUGCGCAUCCCCACCGAGCACUUUUCAAACAUCCCCGUGCAGAUGCUGACUCCACAGGCGCUGUCUCCGCGAGAGGACGAUGAAGACAUGUCUCUGCCACGCUCCAUCUUGUCGAGACUUACGUUUAACAUCUCUGAACACAUCGUAAAACGCAUUCAGGUAACAGAGCACGAAGAGAGCGUAAGUCAGUCGGCAAGCACUCACAUCCUGCCUCAGGACCUACAGCUGCCAGGGAACAGCACAAGCAGUGGGAAUGCAGAACGACGUAGCAGCGUCAGUGGCAGUGUGGGGUCGGCACCUUCCUCGCCAACCCUCACAAGAGCUGUUGAGGGACCUGCCUCACUGCCAGCACAGUCACCUGCGCCCUACGUCAAUGAAGCCAUCAAGAAGCCAAAGCUGGUGAGGUCUCAUACUCUCGGUGUCGCUGAAAGUAGAACCGCCAAGCAGCGCCUUUUAGCCCAGAAACAGAAGCAACGCUCACGAACCACCCAGGCGGAGGAGAGGCUGCGAGGGGAACUGAUGGUCGUGUGUGGUGACUGCAAGGCUAUGGUCCUACACAUCCUGGCCUCCAUUAGGGUUCGGAGGGAGCAGCAACAGGGGACCUCGAGUCAGCAUGAGUCUCCGCGCCAUCACCUGCACCUUAAUCUCCACCCUGUUUACAACUAAUUUCAAGCAUUCACGGAAAAAGCUAAGAAAAAUCAACGCUAAUUGAGAACAAAGGUAAAGAAGAUAAUAAUAAGAAGAAAUUGAUACCACUUGAAGAAAUGUCACAUGAUGAUUCACAGAUCCUUCAAGUUGAAAAAAAAAAAAAAAAAAAAAUUAUGAAAAGCAAGACAAAAAGAACAACAGCACAAAAAAAGUCGAAAGAUGGAAAACCGAUUCUGAUCAUCUAUAAAGUGUACCCAUUAUUCAGAUCCUCUUUGAUGAUAAUUGAUAAUUAUUUAAGCAUGUUUAGACAUUACAACAAAUUACAACAACUCACAAAGACAGGAUCACUACCCUCGGAGCCUAGUCCCAGUCCUCGGCGUGUCUACUCUCUGUUCAUGGGUGCUGUCAUCGGGCUCGAGGCAUCCUGUUCGAGUACAUGAUCACAUGAUUGUAGAAGCUGUGCUAUUUUUUUUUUUUUUUUUUUUUCUUUUUUUAAACUUUUUUCAUGGUAUUGUAGUUUUUUCUCCCUCUUGUCACCACUCUUUAGCCUUCCUUCUUGGAAUUGCUUUUUAUUCAUAUUUUUUAUUAUUGUUGUUAUUUUUUUUUUUAGUAACCAUCCCCAUAUUUUCAGUGCUUUUGCUUUUCUUUUCUUUUUAAACGCAAAAUUUCCUUUAUUUUUAUUCAUUUUUUAUUUGCAUUUUCCUCAGAGUGAAACCAUCCCCAUUCCCAUUGAUCAAGUAUUCUCCAUUAAGCAUAUAGCAGUUAUUCUCCAUUCACUUUUUUCUUACGUCAGAAGCACACACAAAUAAAGGAAAAAGAAAGCAAGUCCUGUAAUUAGGUGCAUUUUGUAAGCUUUCCUGAUAUUCCAAUUUUACGUAGCUUACAAAUGAACCUCAUCUUGGCCCACGCCAUCAAAGGUUACAGCCUUUUAAGGAAAAAGUAUAAAGAGAUUUCAUGAUCUAAGCAAAAAGAGAUUGUCUUCUUUUAUCAUUUAUCAUAAAGAAAGUAAAACUUGGAGCAAAGAAGGCCGACGAAGGCCGUCAUCAAAAAUCCCUUUCCUCUUGCCGGGAAAACAGAUCAUGAUAUUUCUUGUUCCAAAUGUAGCUUCCUUUGCUUACCAUAUCAUAUCUAUGGAUUACGACAAACUUGUUUUUAUUCCUAUGCUCUACAGUGUAGUCUUGUGUGUAAGUGGUUAUGUAGAUAUUCAGUGGUUGGUCAAUAUGCGGCAGUUGGACUUGUGGGCGUGAUUGAUGCUGGGUUGCUUAAGGAGCUGGUAAUGAUGUGGAAAAAUUAUUUCACUGGCUAAUUCUUUUGGCUUAAAAAGACAGUUCUUGUGCAGUUAUUUUUUUAGGUAAAAGACAUGUAGCACAGGUUAAUGAGAGAUUUGGUUCCAUAUUUGUUUAACUGUUUGAUAAUUUUUCUGGUUAUGUAGAGAAAAAAUCUCUUGAGCAAUGUUUCUUAUUUGUUUUCAUGCUUUGAUUUUUUUUUAAUUGAUUUAUAUUUUGCUGUAAGUGAACAGGGUGCUAAGAGUCAAUACUAAUGAGCAUUUCUUUCACAAAGAAAGAUGUGUGCUUGGUAUGUACACAAGGUUCAGCAGUAGAACGCUUUAUUGAAACAUGGCUUUUCACAUUUCAGUGACGUUUUUAAGAAUCUUGGCAGUUUUUUGUUUUUUUUUAUGAUCAUAGCAUUUUUUUUUGUCUCUGUUAGCAAGGACUUGUAUAGAAAAUAUGGACAUCAGAUGUAUUUUUGAUGAUAAACAGGAUUCUGUAAUUUAAUGAGAAUCAAAUAUUUUGUAGGUAGAACUUCAGUUGACAGUAUAGAAGGGAGGAUAACAAUGUUAAUAGAUUUUCUUAUCAAGACCUUUUGAGGGCUCGGCAAUCUAUUUCUUAUCAAGACCUUUUGAGGGCUCGGCAAUCUAUUUCUUAUCAAGACCUUUUGAGGGCUCGGCAUCUUAAGAACAGAGAGAAAGAAUAGAAAAUGUUGCUCAUGUGAGAAGCUAACCAAAAAAGUAUAAUCAAGAUCCAGUCUUUCCUGAGAUGCCCCCAUUGAUAGUGGAAGGAGGAACUUAAAUUUGCAUGGCAGUGCCACUUUAUGAAGAUUUUUUUUUUUCUAUAACUUAAAAGGAAAAGGAAAUGAUUUUGUUUAUGUGCUUGUUUGUGAAUGUACAGCUUUCCAAAAGAGAGGAAAUUAUUAAGUAAACCCCUUUAUCUUUUAUAUGUUUUUUUUUUUUUUUAUGUAAAAAAAAAAAAAAAAAAAAAA